AUGGAUAUAUCACAUCCUAACAGUUUUCUGCAGCAGGAAGAGUAUCGGUUAACCACGUUCAGCGAACAUGAGAUAUCUCCCAUCGAUACCACUAUAGUGUACAGGGACAUGCCGUUUGUCGGCUACGAUUGUCUGAGAUACGAAGAAAAGCGAUUAGGAACCUUCAUCGACUGGCCUCAUGAAUGGCUGAAACCGUCAGAAUUGGCGGCCGACGGAUUUUAUUAUCUCAGGAAAGAUGAUCACUGUGCGUGUAUCUUCUGCAGAGGGAUAGUUGGAACCUGGGAAAAAACUGGCACGCCAAGAGGAGAACAUCAACGCCAUUUUCCCCAAUGUCCCUUUAUUAGGGGUCAGCCAACUGGAAAUGUUCCCAUUGUUCAAGGCAAUAUCUUAGCCAGGUUACCGGUACUACAUCCGAGUCUGGACGAUUGCGGAUCAAGACGUGUUGAGGCCGACGCUUGCAGAUUUUCGUCAAGACAUAUGGCCGGAUCGUAUCCGAAUGCAGUGAGAGGAUCUCCGGAUGAAACUGGUCUCUACCAGCAUUCUAGACCGAAACGAAGUGAUUUCACGACACUAGAUAGCCGAUUGAAGAGCUAUGUCGAAGGAUGGCCCAUCCUCGGUCUGCAUGCACAAGAUCUUGCCGAAGCUGGAUUUUUCUACUGUGGUCUGAGUGAUCAUGUUCGCUGUUUCCACUGCGAAGGUCUUCGCAAUUGGAUAUCUAGCGACAUACCUUGGAAGGAACACGCUAGAUGGUAUCCUAAAUGCAGAUUUGUCUUAUUGAAGAAAGGCCAGGACUAUAUCAAUGAAGUAUGUCCAGCGAGAAUAUUCACCGUACACCCGCACAGCGAUACUGUAUAUUCGGGUAUCGAUAAGGCUGCUUCCGGUAGCAGUAAUAAUCCAACGGAGGUGCAAUCCGUAUCCGAACAAGAAUUGGAUCUGUUGAUGAGUUUGGAUGUCGUCAAGUGUGUACUGGAAAUGGGAUAUCCUAGUUAUAAUCGUUUGAGAGUUACAGAGCGUGAGCCGUCAAUAUGUGACAGGCGAUAUUUCAUCUCCGAUAUUUCAACAACAAAGCACGAUAUUCCCAUCUACACGAGCCAGAUGAAAGAAAGGAACUCGAACGGCAUGCGUGAAGAUCGCACAUGUAAAGUGUGCAUGGACAGUGAAAAGCUAUAG